AUGGAGGCAGAGAUUGAUCUCUACGAGCUCCUCUCCAUCGAGCGGGAUGCCUCUGGAGACCAGAUCAAGAAGGCCUAUCGCAAGGCUGCCCUGAAGUACCACCCCGACAAGGUCCCCGAGGAGCAGCGAGCCGAGUCUGAAGUCAAGUUCAAAGAGAUCACACAAGCCUACGAGAUCCUCAGCGAUGACCAGAAGCGCCACCUGUACGAUGCCCACGGCAUGGCCGCAUUCGACGGCUCGCGAGGCGGCCCCGGCGGCCCCGAGGUCGACCUCAACGAUAUCCUCUCGCAAAUGUUUGGCUUUAACAUGGGUGGUCCUGGCGGACCGGGCGGUCCCCGGCGUCCGCGAAGAGGUCCUGACGAGGAGCAGGAGUACAAGGUGACGCUGGAGGAGCUCUAUAAGGGCAAGACUGUCAAGUUUGCCGCCAACAAGCAGGUCGUGUGCGGCCAGUGCAAGGGCUCAGGUGGCAAGGAAAAGGCCAAGCCCACCUCGUGCGAGCGCUGCAAGGGCAACGGCAUGGUCGAGGCCAUCCGCCAGAUCGGCCCGGGUAUGAUGAGGCGCGAGACGGUCCUGUGCGACCACUGCCAAGGAUCCGGCAACUUCUACAAGGAAAAGGACCGCUGCAAGAAGUGCAAGGGCAAGCGCACCGUCCAGGAGAAGAAGGUGCUCGAAAUCUACAUCCCGCGCGGCUCCAUGCAGGGCGAGCGCAUCGUGCUGGAGGGUGAGGCCGACCAGUACCCCGAUCAGAUACCCGGAGACAUUGUCUUCACCCUCGUCGAGGAGGAGCACGACACAUUCUCGCGCCUCGGCAACGACCUCUCCGCCGAGCUCAACAUUACGUUGGCCGAGUCGCUGACGGGCUUCUCGCGCGUUGUGCUGAAGCACCUUGACGGGCGCGGCAUCUUGAUCGAGCGGCCGCGUGGCAGCAUCUUGCGACCGGGCGAGUGCCUGAAGAUUGAGGGAGAGGGCAUGCCCAUGAAGCGUGGCGAGGUCAAGGGCGAUCUCUACUUGCUGGUGAAGAUUCAGUUCCCCGAGGACGGCUGGUUGAAGGAUGAUGCAGCCUACGAGGCGCUGCAAAAGAUGCUGCCGCCUCCUCCGGCCCCGAUAGAGGCCGAGGAGGUCGACGAGGUUGAGUAUGAAGACGGCGCCGAUAUCGAAAAGGCAAGUACCCAGACUCCCCUGACGAUGGGCGAGAACUCAAACGACCCCCGGUUUGCCAGCGAGUGGGAGGACGACGACAUGGAAGACGGACAGCCUCAGUGCCAGACGCAGUAA